AGUCGUUGUACCUACAUACUAGUAUAGGUGAUUAUUCCAGAAGCAUUGCUCGUCUUCUGCUCAGCACAUCAACAGCGCUCAGUCCGGCCCAGGUCGUUUGUAAAAAUGUAUUUAUUAUUAUUUUAUAUGUUGAACAAAACUACAGCUAUACAAACGUUGUUCGGCGGAACAAUGUUAUAAAUACACCCGGUGGCCGGAACGGCGCAUCAGUUUCAGCCUAAGCUUCUUCGGAUCGAGAUCGUUGAAAUAACCUAGCCGGUGUUCAUAUAAUUCGGAAGUUCGUGGACGUUAACUUUUACAACUUCAAUCGCGACAGAGCGUGGAAGUGAAGUGUGAUUAGUGAACAAGUUGAAGUGAAACCUUCAGAGUGAAAAGUGGUCGAAGAGAAAGAAGAGCGAAAUUUCUUGGAAGUGAAAUUCGCCCAUCGAUCGAUUGGAGAGGAUGAAAAGCUUCCCUCUUAUCUCGCUAGUGCUUUUGCUGUCGAUAUUCGCCUCUUCGAGAUGUUUCGACUUCUUCGGCGGGGAUACAUUGAGACGGUCACAUUUCGAUGACGAUUUUGCGAAUUGGCGAAAAGAAAGGCUCAAACCACUCGUCAGGGGCGAAGCAAGUGCAUUCGGUUUUGUAUGGCCAUUUAGUAACGAUGACGAUGAACCGAUUUCCAGGGAAGUGGCCGACUAUGAUCAGCAGGAAGCCGACAAUAGCCAAUCCGGACUGCGGGUUGUCGGACUGGAGCGGGAUCGAGAGUCGCUAGAAUCCGAUGCUGAGCGGCUUCCUGCGACAUUGGACGACUCAUCUGAAGUUGACCGUCAACCGCCGGUCAGACCGUACAAGCCAGAUCGUCCACCUCUAGAUACGAGUUCGCUUUUCCAGCACCACUUCAACACCUUCUUCAGUGCACCGGAAACAAGCUUCUUGGAGGGUGGUUUCCCCGGCUUUGGCUUCUUCGAUCUGCAACACAGCAAACCUUGGUGGAAGGGGGAAAACGUGUGCGUGGAGCGCGAAGAGCAGGAUGAGGAAGUCGACGGCGAAGACAACCACGAGAUUGCCGUAGAUGGCGGCAACUUCCAAAGUUUCGGCGUCUUCAACAUGAACUUUGAAUCGUGCGCCGAACGGCAAAACAAACAUGUCUGCACGUCUGUCAAAAACAAUAAUGGACGUAAGCGAACGGUUAAGGUCACUCGUCAAUGCUGCCAUGGCUAUGCCCGCCCGAGAAAUGGACCGCCAAAUGCUCAGUGCGAGAAAGUGGAUCUUCAUCCGAUUGCGGAAACUGCGGAACGACUCGGAGCGAAGGAGUUUGUCGCCACGUUGAAGAAGAGUGGCUUGGAGUCGAUGUUGGAGAAGGAUCUUACACUGUUUGCGGUGCCAGAUAGUGCUUACAGUCAAUUCACCGAGCAGAUGUGGGAAAAUAACCUGGUUGCUUUCGAUCCGGUGAUGCGUGCCAAACGACAAGCCGACAUUUCCGGAAUGACCGCUCGGGAUUUGAUUUUGGCGCAUGCCGUAAAUGGGUCCUAUCACAUCGAAGACGUCAGUAACGAGCAGCUGUUGAAAACGGAACUGGAAGGCACCAACAUCCGUGUGAACAUUUUCCCACGUGGGCCCUCGGAUAAAGGCUCAGAUCAUCCCUAUCGGUACACCGCCAACUGUGCGCCGCUUUUGAAGCUCAACCAUGUUGCCGAAAAGGGCAUUGUCCACGUUGUCGAUCGUGUUCUGCUACCCGUUAGAAGAAACAUCAUGCAGAUUAUUCGUGCCCGUGACGACAUGACCGUGUUGAGAACCAUCCUGGAGAAGACUGGCCUGAGUAAAAUGCUGGAAGAGGUCGGCGAUGACAAGCAUUUUACUGUCUUUGCUCCGAACGACGACGCUUUCCUGAAGCUGGACAAAGACAUUCGCCGCAAGUUGAAGGCCGGCAGCGGAUGCGCCACCAAUAUCCUGAAAAAUCACAUCUUAGAUAUCACUUUCUGCUCUCUGGCUGCCGUCAACGGAGUGAAAACGACUACCUACAACAUGCUGAAUGAAAAGCUGGAGUUUGAAUACGCUUCUAUGGCGAAAACCGAGGUUGAAGACAUGUCCAGCAAAAAGGAACAACGUUUGAAAAUCAAUGGUGUUGCAACAAUCGGGGAAACGGAUUUGAUGGGAACGAACGGAGUUGUCCAUGUUAUCGACUCUGUGCUGUCUACAGAUAGCGGCAUGCCGAUCUCAAAUACGCUGGCCAACCGCAAUUUGACAAUCUUUAAGCAGCUGAUCGAUGAUGCCGGUCUAGAGGAUGAGUUCGAUAGCCUUUCCAACAAAACGUUCUUCAUUCCUUCGGACAAAGCUUUCGAGCAGUCCGAGGCUGGACAGUACUGGAUCAAACAACUCAAGGAACACCCAGAAAGCUUGCGAGAUAAUGCUCGUCUGAGGGAGUUUUUGCAAUACCACGUGGCUGAGCCGUUGAUUAAGACGUGUGAUCUUCAGGAGAAUAUGGUUAAAACGGGUGCAGGGCAAGAACUUCGAGUUAAUUUGUACAACACGAAUCCCGUCUUCACAAAUAUUAUGAAUCGUGCCACAGUUAAUUGUGCUCGUUUGAUGCACUUUGAUGAUGAGACCUGCGGAUCAGUGGUACAUGAGGUCGAUAAAGUCCUUGAAGUGCCAAAAUCGGAUCUUCUGGGAGCUCUCAGAGCCAAUCCCGACUACAGUAUGUUCCUACAACUGGUUGAAAAGGCGAAUCUUACCGAACUGCUCAGCACGGCCAACGAGAGUUUCACCGUGUUCGUGCCAAAGAAUGACGUAUUUCUCGAAGUGAAGGAAUGGUUCGAUGAAACAAUGCAGAAUGCGGACGACCUGGAUAACGUCAUUCGAUGGCAUAUUGUCCCGAACGUUGUGUGCUGCGCCGGAAUUGUUCAGUCUGAUUGGCCAUUUAUUAGAACUACGGAAACCAUCAAUCAGCAGCGUCUGAAAUUGAAUCGCGACCGUCGCCCGCAGGUGCAGAAUGCUGGCAUCACAAAGUGCGACAUUGUCGCCAAGAAUGGAAUUAUUCAUGAGAUUAACGACGUUAUUAGUGUGCAGAAGAAGGUGCGCGCUGAGGCCCAAGGCUUCCCUAGUUUUACCCGACCACUUACAUUCUGGUUUAAAUGAGCAACGUGAAAGAAAUCUCGCAACAAAAUGCACUGAAUCUAUUUGUUUAAGAACUUAUUUAAUGCUCUUAUAUUUUAUAAACACUGAUCAUCCUACUUGUUAAUUAUUUCAACAAGUGUACGAUACUGUACAAUCGCUGUAAGUUUGUCUGAGAUCUAAUAAAGUUUCUAUUUAUAUCAAA